CUAUGAACCAAACAAUAACAAAAGUAAUGGAGGUUAUAAAAUAAUGUAAGGAAUUAUGUAUAUUAGAAAUUUUAUUAAAUUAUGAAUUUAACUUCAGAUUAACGAUUAAUACAAGAAAACUAAAAAAUGGAAAAUAAACAGAACAAUCCAUUUAACUCGGAUACAUACUUUUUAAUACAAAAGUUUUUAUCGUCUGGUUUAUUAAAGAAAACAUUAAAGGUGUUUAAUGAAGAGCUCGAGGAACAAAAGAUUUUACCACCCCGAAUUGAUUGGGAAGGCAAUAAACAUGAUAGAACAGUCGAGGAUAUGGUUGGACAAUUUCCUAAUAUCCGACAGGAUUACUUAUUACAUCUUUGUCAUUUAGCUAUGCAGUCUUUUCAAGAAAGAGAAGCUUUAAGUAAAAAUAAAUCUUUUUUAAGCUUUAGGCCGAAUGCGUACCAUAAAAAUGGCGCUUUGACCAAUUUCAGACAAUGUUAUAAUUAUGUUACUAGAAUACACUCAGCCCCGAUUCAAAACGUGAAUGUGUCUUUCAAUUUAGUAAAUUCAUUAAGAGGUAGAGAAAUAUCAGGACCUCUCACAAGACACCGGACAGUUAGCCCAAAUUUAUUUCAAUCCAUGCAAAUUCAAAGAACAACCAUUGGGCAUCUUUCUGCUGUAUUUUGUCUACUUUUUGACCAUUCAGGAAAAUAUAUUAUAACGGGGGCAGAUGAUUUAUUAAUAAAACUGUGGUCGUCUCGUACUGGUCGAUUAAUUUCCGUAUUCAGAGGAGCAUCUGCAGAAAUAACUGACAUUGCUAUCAAUUCCGAAAACACUCUAUUAGCCUCCGGUUCGAUAGAUAGAAUUUUAAGGGUGUGGAAUUUACAGAACGGAGCACCGGUCGCAGUCUUACCCGGCCAUAAUGGUAUGAUAACAUCAAUAAGUUUCUGCCCUACGCCAUGUUGGGAUAUAAGGUACUUAAUCAGUACUAGCACUGAUGGUUCCAUAGCGUUUUGGCCGUAUACUUACGAAUCAGGAAUUAAAGUAGAAUUUAGAAACAAUCCGAUUAUGUAUCAAGAGAAGAUCCGACCGGGACAAGCUCAAAUGAUAUGUUCAUCGUUUAGUCCCGGUGGUACUUUCUUGGCAACUGGUUCAGCAGAUCAUCACGUUAGAGUUUAUUACAUGAAAGGAGACGAAGGACCUCACAGAAUCCUCGAAAUGGAAGCUCACAGUGAUCGAGUCGAUUCGAUUCAGUGGGCGCAUUCCGGUUUAAAAUUUCUUUCAGGAAGUAAAGACGGUAUGGCGAUUAUAUGGUGGUUUGAAAAACAGCAAUGGAAGAGCUUGCAUCUGGAUAUGACCACCAAGUUAGUAAAUUCGACUAAUGUACAAGAAGUUGAUUCGAAAAAAUUGAAAGUUACCAUGGUUUGUUGGAACAAAUCUGAUUAUUGGGUGGUAACAGCAGUCAGCGACCAUACCCUGAAAAUAUGGACGGCUGAUGAUGGUCAAUUAGUUAAAGUACUAACAGGACACGUCGAUGAAAUAUACGUAUUAGAAGCUCAUCCUCAGGAUAAUAACGUUAUCCUUUCGGCUGGACACGACGGUCAGUUGUUUAUUUGGGAUAUAUCAAAAGGAGAAAUAGUCUUCAAUUAUCUAAAUAGAGUGGACGGACAAGGAUUCGGGGCUAUCUAUGAUGUAAAAUGGAGCCCUGACGGUUCUGUAAUAGCCGCAUCUGAUUCCCAUGGACAUAUCUUGAUAUUCGGUUUUGGAAAUGGUAGUCCGUUUUUCCAACAACUUCCUAUGGAACUUUUCUUUCAUACGGAUUACAGACCACUGGUACGCGAUACAAAUCAUCAUGUCUUAGAUGAACAAACUCAAAUUCCACCACAUUUAAUGCCUCCCCCUUUUUUGGUAGAUAUAGACGGUAAUCCGUAUCCUCCUAUGCUACAAAGAUUAGUACCGGGUAGAGAAACGUGUAACGUUGAUCAAUUGGUACCUAAUAUAGUUAUAGGGAAUGAAGGUUCACAAGAAGUGAUACAGGAUCUACCACAAAAUCAUCUCGUUGCUAUUGAGAGGAACCAGUCGGAAGAGUUGAGAGAAAAUUCGUCUUUCAGACCCGGACGUCGAUCUUCGUGAGUAUCAGUUCAUCUUCAGUACCCAACUUUUUACCUAUACUUCACGUUUA